GUGCGUUAACACUUAACGCCUAUCUAGGGAAACAGAAUUGAACGGACGACGGUGGAGCGUGGGCUGCUGGGUCCCAACCGCCUAUCUCCAUGCAACUCACGACUCCACACGUAGCGCUCCAUUCCUAUUGGCAGUAAGCACAAGACCCAAUAUCACGAAAAUAUCUGCUGAUCCGAUCAUUCACUAGUCAUAACGGGCUAGAACCUAAAACCAACGCUCACUAGAUCGCUCCCGCUCCUCUCAAAAGAACCCUAGAGGGAAAAAUGGUGUACACUCUCUCUGGAAUUCGCCUUCCUGUGGUUUCAUCCGCCAACAAUCAGUCUGUAUUGAGCAUUUCCAGUGGUCGAAGGACUGCAAAUCUGUCUCUCUUUUCCAAGAAGAGCUCGUUUUCUAGGAAAAUUUUUGCUGGAAAGUCUUCUUAUGAUUCUGACUCAUCGUCUUUAAGGGUUGCUGCAUCUGACAAAACCCUUGUUCCUGGAAGCCAGAUUGAUGGCUCUUCAUCCUCAACAGGUCAAAUUGAAGUUCCUGACACAGUUUUGGAAGAUCCCCAGGUAUUGCAAGAUGUGGAUGAUCUAACAAUGGAAGAUGACAAUGACAUCAACAAACCAACCAAUGAUUGUAGUAAGGUUGAUGAAAAUCAAGAUUUCGUUCAUUCAGAUCUCAUAGAUAAAGAUGAUAAAGUUCAGGGAGCAGAAAAGGCAGUUACUUUACCUGGGACAGGAACGAUUAAAAAGGAGGAAGCUAGACCAAAGUCCAUACCUCCGCCUGGCACUGGACAGAGAAUAUAUGAAAUAGAUCCAUUUUUGAGAGGUUAUCGUGAACAUAUUGAUUACCGUUUCGGACAAUACAAGAAAAUGCGUGAGGCAAUUGACAAGUACGAAGGCGGUUUGGACUUAUUUUCUCGUGGAUAUGAAAAGAUGGGCUUCACUCGCAGUGCAACAGGUAUAACAUAUAGAGAGUGGGCACCUGGAGCUAAGUCGGCAGCAUUGAUUGGAGAUUUUAAUAAUUGGAAUCCUAAUGCGGAUAUAAUGACUCAGGUAGGCUCCAGGACAAAGAAUGAAUUUGGUGUGUGGGAGAUCUUUUUGCCAAACAAUGCAGAUGGUUCACCUCCAAUCCCCCAUGGCUCUCGAGUGAAGAUCCACAUGGAUACUCCAUCUGGCAUUAAAGAUUCUAUUCCUGCUUGGAUCGAGUUCUCUGUACAGGCUCCCGGUGAAAUUCCAUACAAUGGUAUAUAUUAUGACCCACCAGAAGAGGAGAAGUAUGUUUUUCAGCAUCCUCAACCAAAAAAACCAAAAUCACUUAGGAUUUAUGAGGCACAUGUCGGAAUGAGUAGUACGGAGCCAGUAGUCAACACAUAUGCCAACUUUAGAGAUGAUGUGCUACCUCGCAUCAAAAGGCUUGGUUAUAAUGCUGUCCAGAUAAUGGCAAUUCAGGAGCAUUCCUAUUAUGGCAGCUUUGGGUACCAUGUCACAAACUUUUUUGCACCCAGUAGUCGCUGUGGAACUCCUGAUGAUCUUAAGUCUUUGAUAGAUAAAGCUCAUGAGCUAGGUUUGCUUGUUCUCAUGGAUAUUGUGCAUAGCCACGCAUCAAAUAAUGUGCUAGAUGGGCUAAACAUGUUUGAUGGAACUGAUAGUCACUACUUCCAUUCUGGAUCAAGGGGUUAUCACUGGAUGUGGGAUUCUCGCCUUUUUAAUUACGGAAGCUGGGAAGUACUGAGAUUCCUUCUUUCAAAUGCAAGAUGGUGGCUAGAUGAGUACAAGUUUGACGGGUUCAGAUUUGAUGGUGUGACUUCCAUGAUGUACACACACCAUGGAUUGCAGGUAGAAUUUACUGGAAACUACAACGAAUAUUUUGGAUAUGCUACCGAUGUAGAUGCCAUGGUUUAUCUAAUGCUCGUUAAUGAUCUUAUUCAUGGGCUCUUCCCUGAGGCUGUUACUAUUGGUGAAGAUGUGAGUGGAAUGCCAGCAUUCUGUAUUCCUGUUCAAGAUGGUGGUGUGGGAUUUGAUUAUCGCUUACAUAUGGCCAUUGCUGAUAAAUGGAUUGAGCUUCUCAAGAAACCUGAUGAAUAUUGGAAAAUGGGUGACAUUAUUCACACGCUCACCAAUAGAAGGUGGUUGGAAAAAUGUGUUGCUUAUGCUGAAAGUCAUGACCAAGCUCUAGUUGGUGACAAAACCAUUGCUUUUUGGUUAAUGGACAAGGAUAUGUAUGACUUCAUGGCUUUGGAUAGGCCAGCAACUCCUGCUAUAGAUCGUGGAAUAGCAUUACACAAAAUGAUCAGACUUAUUACCAUGGGCUUAGGGGGAGAAGGAUACCUGAAUUUCAUGGGAAACGAAUUUGGACAUCCUGAGUGGAUAGAUUUUCCAAGGGGUGAUCAACAUCUUCCUAGUGGCAAAAGAAUUCUUGGGAACAAUUUCAGUUUUGAUAAAUGCCGGCGCCGGUUUGAUCUAGGGGAUGCAGAAUUUCUAAGGUACCGUGGACUGCAAGAAUUUGAUCAGGCAAUGCAGCAUCUUGAAGAAAAAUAUGGCUUCAUGACUUCAGAGCACCAAUAUAUAUCAAGGAAGGAUGAAGGAGAUAGGAUUGUUGUCUUUGAGAAGGGGGACCUAGUUUUUGUCUUCAACUUUCAUUGGACUAACAGCUAUUCAGAUUACAGAGUAGGCUGCUUAAAGCCAGGAAAGUAUAAGAUUGUCUUGGAUUCGGAUCUUUUGUUGUUUGGAGGCUUCAAUAGACUAGACCAUAAUGCAGAAUACUUCAGCUCUGAUGGAUGGUAUGAUGACAGACCUCAUUCCUUCCUGAUAUAUGCACCUUGUAGAACAGUAGUGGUCUAUGCCCCUGACAAAGAAUUGGAACCUGUCAAGGGCUGAAACUAUCUUAAUAAAGCUUCUCGAUAUUUACGUUGCUGCCCAUUAGUGUCAGCAUCCUGGAGACAGAAUAACCAAGAUGACAAAAAUGAAGGGUGUACAUACAUGCAUGCAGAGUUGAAAAGUGUGAGCAGCAUUGGAAUAUCAGUCUUGUAAGCGGAGGAGCAACAUGGCAUUGUGUAAAUGUUUGUCAUGUAUCAUCUUGCCAGCUAAAACCAUGGUGGUUGCUAUAGAUUUCUGCGGGAUAGGUUUCAGUGUAUAGCACGCCGCAUUAUUUAUAAUGAAAUGCCUUGGAUUUUUGUAAUUUUGCAAUUACGGGUGCUUAUAAUGGAAUGCCUAGUACUGACACCCUGUAUUGGGCAAAACAAUGCUUGCUUGUCUGAUGGGUUCUUCUCCACCCUUUUCGGUUCAAUGACCUUUGUCUCACCUGUCCUGCAUGCCAGCCCAAUCAUCAGGCGAAUUUUUCUU